AUGUCUGCUGAAGUAACAUCUGGAUCAUGUGAACCAAGCAGAGCUGAUGAGCGGAGAGAAGUAGAGAUCCCUGAUGGGUUUCAGAGGUGUAUGACUACAAGGAGGUACAUCUCUAGGUCACCUGUCAAUCAACCCAAUGUCCAAAUAACCGACGUAAGGCUUAGUAGUUGAUGGGAAAGAAAUGUACAUUAUUCACCAUUGACCUGCUGAAUAUUAUGCAUUCUCUUUCAGUUAAAUGGGAAUUAUUAUAUCUCGGCACUUUUAUUUACAGAUGACCAAUUUCAAGACGCCAAUAGUGCUGGACACAGGGUCUGGUUUGAUGAAAGCAGGGUUUGCUGAUCAGGACCUCCCAAAUACUAUAUUCCCAAAUAUCAUUGGGCUGCCUAAAUAUGAGGUAAUUGUAUGAGCAAAGUAUUUGGUGUUUGUACUCGGGUCAUGUCGCUAUUCAUAUGCUAGGCCGCCAUCAUACGUUUCCCUACAUGGAGACUGGCUUUCUGAUUUGCCUAUUGUUUUGUCAACAGGAAAUAAUGAAUGGCAACUUUGAAUGGGAGACUUUCAUUGGACAUGAGGCUCAACACAUGAGAAGGAGUCCUGGCAUUGAAGUAUCCCAUGAAAAAUGGAAUUAUACGCAACUGGGAUGAAAUGGAAAAGGUUUGUCUACUGUUGACAAUUCUAUCCCAUGGCUGUUCUGAUGACACUGUAGAACCUGGUGGUUAUAGGAUAUAAACCUCACUGGUCUCAUUUCAGAUUUGGCACCACACGUUCCAGCUGCUGCAGGUCGAUCCAGAUGAUCACCCUGUCCUACUGACCGAAGCAGCCAUGAACCCGCUGGCGAACCGCCAGCGCAUGGUGGAACUCAUGUUUGAGUGCUUAAACGUUCCCCUCACCUACGUGGCCAUGCAGGCAAGGCUGGCACUCUACGCAACAGGGGGGUCCACAGGUAAACUAACUUUAUCUACUCUGUUGAUGUGAAUAAAUAUACAGUAGAUUCAGUUAAUAUAUAUGAAUCCAUCUAAUCCAGUGAAUAUAUUCCUGAGUAAAGGAUUGCAUGCGUUCACUCUUGUUUAAAGUUACAAUCUAGGAGAUUGCUAUCAAUCUAGGAGAGAAACAAUGUAUUUUUGCAUUAAUAAUGGUUAAGAUCGCUGAUCAUUGUAGCCUCUUUCUCCUACUAGGUGUAGUGUUUGACUCUGGGGAUGGAGUGAGUCAUAGUGUGCCAGUGUUUGACUCUGGGGAUGGAGUGAGUCAUAGUGUGCCAGUGUUUGACUCUGGGGAUGGAGUGAGUCAUAGUGUGCCAGUGUUUGACUCUGGGGAUGGAGUGAGUCAUAGUGUGCCAGUGUUUGACUCUGGGGAUGGAGUGUGUCAUAGUGUGCCAGUGUUUGACUCUGGGGAUGGAGUGAGUCAUAGUGUGCCAGUGUUUGACUCUGGGGAUGGAGUGUGUCAUAGUGUGCCAGUGUUUGAGGGAUACUGUCUACCUCAGGCAGUGCAGCACUUCACCCUGGCUGGCCAUGAUGUUACAAUGCACCUUAAAAUGGUAUUUGAUACUUUUUUUUACAGGGACUCUGUCAAAUAUGCUCAUUUGAUCAAUAAAACAAUUAAUUAUAUUCACUUUCUUUGUUUUGUGCUAUCCUGUGUCCCAGCUUCUGCAGGAGCAGGGGGUGUGCAUGCACACUUCUGCCGAGAUGGAGAUUGUGAGAGAGAUAAAGGAGAAAUGCUGCAGGGUCGCCCAGGACUAUGAAUCUGAGUUAACCUGUGGGCGGUCGGCUAGCAGAGAGAUGUAUUACACCAUGCCUGAUGGACAGGUCGUCUGCCUCAGCACAGAGUGGUUCAGGUAACCCUUUAACCGACCCCCUGUAUCCCCACUUUAAAGAACACUCGCCCUAAUGAGUGGUGACGAUUAAGUGAUCUGCUGCUAUGUACUGAGGAAAUUGAGACUAAGAACUGCAAGUGUUUAACUCCGCAAACGGUGCUGUUUAGGUUUCACUUUUGAUUAUGGUACUACCAAGUAAGCCAUUGGAUGGCCACCAGGGGUCAGCUAUGAUCUGUUAAUCAGUGAUGUCUUCCAUCCACAGGGCUCCUGAGAUACUGUUUAAGCCAGAGCUGAUUGGACGAGACCAUUACGGGAUGCAUGAGAGUAUUUUCAAGUCAAUCCUCCGUUCAGACAUUGACCUCUGGCUGAGCUUUUUGGGGAACAUUGUCCUAUCAGGUACAUAGUUUUGGUUUAUUAGUUGCUGAAUACUUAUCCACCCAUGUCUACUCUAAGAUUGUGUCCCAAAUGUCACCCUAUUCCUAUGAAGUGCACUACUUCCUGGUCAAAAGUAGCCAUUUGGGACACAACCUAAAAUGUCUUUCAUUUUCUCUGUGAAGGUGGAAAUACCCUGCUGGCUGGACUGCCUGAGCGGCUUCAGAGUGAAAUUAGAACCAUGGUGCCUACAGACUUUAGGGAGUGUGUGACCAGUCCUAAGGACAGAGAUUUCUCUGUGUGGAGCGGAGGUGCAGUGUUGGCCAACUUGUCAUCCUUUGCCUCUGCCUGGAUCAGCCAUGAGGAAUAUGGCCACCAGAUCGUCUUCAGGAAGUGCUUCUGA